AUGCACCAGUGGCUAUGUUACUAUGCCAGAAGACUUGUGUUCACGAAGAGAGAGAGUAGAUGCGUUGUACAUUUAUGGGUAUUGGGACGGUCGAUUCUUCUGAUUGGGGCUCAGGCGGUUGCCCAUUUGCCAAAUGUGCUUCUGGAAAUGUUGCUACUGAGGAUGUUGUCUACAUUAAAUGGACUAGGAGUGAAGACAAAUUGCAAUUGCCUUGAGCAAAACGACUGCUACUGCCUCCAAGCUUUGAGCAUAGUUGCUUUUGUUAUGUGCAAUGGCAUAGUUAAGAACUGGGUGGUGGUUGGAAGAAUGGUGAUAUUAUGGCUCUUCUGCACUCUGCACUCCAUUCUGGCCAUUUAUUGCCUUCUUUAA